AUGUAUCCCAGAAAGGAGUAUCCCCAGAUGGUGGGGUCUGGCUUCCGAAAGAAGAAAGAAGUCUCCCAGCUGCGCACGCACACAGAGGAGAGGCCCUUCCGCUGCCCCGACUGCGGGCAGGGCUUCAGGCGGAACGCCCAUCUUGUCAGGCACCGGCUCAUCCACACUGGGGAGAGGCCCCACGAGUGUGAGGAAUGUGGGAAGAGCUUCAGGCAGAGCUCCACCCUGAUCAGGCACCAGAGGACCCACACUGGGGAACGGCCCUAUGAGUGUGGGGAGUGUGGGAAAAGCUUCAGCCAGCGUUCCAGCCUGAUUGUCCACCAAAAGAUCCACACUGGGGAGAGGCCCUACGAGUGUUCCGAGUGUGGGAAGGGGUUUCCGAUCCGCUCCCAUCUAUUCCAGCACUAUCAGAGUCACACAGAGGAGAGGCCCUUUCUCUGCCCCGACUGCGGGAAGGGAUUCAGGCAGAACUGA